UUGACGGAGAGAGAAGACAGAUAGAGAGAGAGAGAGAGCGCGAUCGCGAUCGCGAUCGUGAGAGCGAUUUCGAGAGAGAGAUAUCGAGAUCUAGGGAGAGAUUGCGAUAGAGAGAACGAUUGAUGUCUAGCUUGAGCGAUUGAUGUUCGAUUGAGAGGAGGAAUUGCGUUGGAUUGAGAUUCAAUCGAUCUGUUGAGGUAUUUUUGAGUAUGUUGUUAGAUUUGAUUAGUUAUUCAGUUGAUGUACUUUUCAUUUAGUAGUGAUGUAUGUUGCUUUGUGAUUCGUUGUAGCUUUGUGGUGCGUGAGGAGAUGCAGGUUGAUGGAGUCGAGCAGAUGAGGGAAACGGAGAAUUCGUUGAUUUUGUUUUGUAAAUACAAUGGAUUGUGUGCUGGAAUAAAGUUGUCUCGGUCGUCGAGAAUUGGAGAUUUUAUGAAGAUAUUGUGUGGCAAGUUUAGUGAGUUGAGAAGACACUCAUUGCAACUCUUUUAUGCUAUACGUGAUCAUCCUAGUACCAUGUUAUAUAAUGAUGAAGAUUUGGAGGUGAUGUUUGCUGUAGCUGAUAGUAUUGGAUUGAAUUGCAUUGAAGUUACAGUAGUAGAUAGUCGUGGUUUUGAUAGUGGUAUUAGUGGGUGUGCUGUUGAUGUUGGUGCUAAUAGUAGUGGGGUUUUCGAUAGUGGUGGUGCUAGCACUAGUAAGGGCAUUUGUUUCAGUGGGCAAGGGUUAGUCGGUUGUCGGUUGGAAUCAAUGGAAUAUGUAGGUAAAGAGGAUGAUUUGGGAGCUAUGUUUUGCCCGCAUCAGCAUCGGCCAAGGUUGUCGGACGCGUGGAAAGAGCUUAUUAAAAGUGUUGGUCAGUUGUUUGUCGGGGGUUCGGAAGGUUUUCGUGAUGCAUUGCGGAAAUAUUCAAUUGUUCAUUCUUUUGAGUUUGACUUUGUAAAGAAUGAAACAGAGAGAGUGACUGCAGUUUGUAAGGUAAAAUCUUGCAAGUGGAAUAUCCAUGCUAGACUUGACAAGGUCAGUGGUUGCUUUUACAUCAAAAGGUAUUAUAAUGUUCAUUGUUGUGGUGUUGCUGGGCGUACGACAAAGAACUGUCAUGCUAAUUCAUCUCUGAUUAGUCAAUUGAUAAAGGAUGAUGUUCGAGACAAGUCAAAGAAACGUCCUGUUGAUGUUGUUGAUGAUUUGAAGGAGUAUUAUGGGGUGGAUGUGUCAUAUAAUCGUGCUUGGUUAGCUGUCCAGAAAGCCAAGUCAAGUGCAUUUGGAGAUUAUUCAGAUUCUUUUAAUCAACUGCAAUGGUAUCGUAAUGUUGUUCUGAAUUCGGAUCCUACAAGUGUUUUUGAUGUUGAGUGGGAUCAAACCACAAAUCGUUUUUUGAGGUUGUUUGUAGCAUUUGAUGCAUGUGUACAAGGAUUUAAGCACUGCAGGCCUGUUUUAUCCGUUGACGCAACGUUCUUGAAGGCAAGGCAUAUGGGAUGCUUGAUGUCUGCUUCAGCUAAAGAUGGUAAUGCAGGUCUAUUUCCAUUGUGCUUUGGUGUGGUUGAUUCUGAGAAUAAUGAUAAUUGGCUUUGGUUUAUGGAGAAGUUGCAUGGUAUUUUGGAUGAAGACAGAAGGGUUUUUGUUUUUAUAUCUGACCGUCACAGAGGAAUAAAAGAGGGUAUUGCUAAGGUGUUUCCUUCAAGCUUUCAUGCUUACUGUCUCUAUCAUUUGAAGGGUAACUUGCGUACUGCUUUGGCGUCCACAAAUGUCAAGUAUAAAGAGAGUUUGAUCAGAGUGUUUUCAAAAUGUGCUUAUGCUCCCACUGUGGCAAAGUUUAAUCAGCAUAUGGGUAAUUUGCUGAAACACGGUGGUGCAGCUGUUGUUCAUUUUCUGUCGGAGUUGCCUAAUGAGCGCUGGGCAAAUGUUUUUUUCCCGGGGCAACGUUAUGGAGCAAUGUCCUCUAGUCUAGCUGAGUGCUUUAACUCAUGGAUAUUGAAAGAGCGUGAAUUGCCCGUGGUGGAUAUGGUUGAUCGUAUAAGGAAGAAGAUGAUGAAAUCAAUGUGUUUGAGGAGAGAAAGGGCAAGUAAAUGGGAUCAGGUGAUUUGUCCUUAUGGGGAGUCUCGGUUGGAGAAGUUAUAUGAUUUAGUUAAAACAUGGAAAGUGAUUCCUUCAAGUGCUGAUAUAUUUGAAGUUGACACGGAUCCGUCUGUAUGUGUUGAUAUUGGGAGGCGUACAUGCAGUUGUUGUUGGUGGCAGUUGAAUGGAUUCCCUUGUUGCCACGCUGUCUGUGCUAUCAAAUAUAGUGGUAAGGAUUUGAACUUGUAUGUAGAGCGUUUUUUUCAUGUUGAGAGUUAUCGUCAGGUGUAUUCAAAACCAAUUUACCCAGUUGCGUCAUUGUUGAAAGGUGAUGUGGUUGAUUGUGGUACUAGUAUUCUGCCACCAUUGUCAAAAAAGCCUCCAGGGCGGCCUAAGAAGAAGAGGAUUCGUUCGAAUGGGGAGAAGGUUAGAGAAAUGAAGUGUGGUAGGUGUGGGAAGAUGGGGAAUCAUAAUAAACUUACUUGUAAGGAGGAUUUGAGGCCUGGUUUUUAG